AUGGUCCUCUCAAAGCCUGAAAACAAGCAUGUCAUGAAGCAAUUCGACCUGCAUGGCAAGGUCAUUGCGGUUACUGGCGGUUCGCGAGGUAUCGGCCUCGAAGUGGCCAGAGGCCUUGCCGAGGCAGGCGCUGAUAUUGCAAUCAUCUACAGCACUUCCAAGGACGCUCCCGAUACAGCCGCUGAGAUCGCGAGUGCCAGCGGCGUCAAAGCCUCGGCGUAUCAGUCCGAUGUCCGGGACGCGAGAAAGAUCGAAGCCACCAUCCAGCAGAUCGCCAAGGACUUUGGUCGGCUCGACGUGGUAGUCGCCAACAGCGGCAUCGCCGACCACUACGCGGCUGAGGACUGCACGCCGGAGCAAUGGAGCGAGAUUAUGCGAGUCAACUUGGACGGUGCCUUUUACACCGCUCAAGCCGCCGCCCGCAUAUUCAAGGCCCAAGGUCAUGGCAACGUCAUCUUCACGGCAUCGGUCAGCGCCAUUUUGGUCAACGUGCCUCAGAAGCAAGCUGCCUAUAAUGCGUCGAAAGCCGGUCUCGUCCAUUUGGCCAAGUCGCUGGCCGUCGAGUGGGUGGACUUUGCUCGCGUCAAUUGCGUCUCGCCGGGUUUCAUCGCCAGUGACAUGUUGUCUGUGCACCCUGAAGCAUGGAGGAAGAAGUGGUUCGAAAUGAUUCCCGCCAAUCGUGUCGGUGACGCCUACGAGCUGAAAGGCGCAUACGUAUUCCUUGCCAGCGACGCUUCUUCCUACAUGACCGGAGCGAAUAUGUGA